AUGAGUGACAGUAAAUUCAUUCCCAAGAUUUCUAUUCGUUCUCCUAUCCAUCAUGCCAAUUUAAAGAGCCAGUCCACAGACCCAGCUUUUAAGAAAGAAAACAUACAGCUGAUUUCAAGAGACUCCUUGGAAUCUGAUUCAGAAAUCCUCACUCAAGAGGUUAAGUCCCGGCCUGAACUUGAGGACCGACACCAGGACAAUGAUAUGGAGCCUGACAGUUUAGAGGAUGAAAGCCUGAGUGAGACAGAAGAGGAAGCAAGCAGAAGAGCAGCUCAGAUGGCCAGCGAGGAAAACCUCCAGACCCAGGACAAUGGUGCCAGUGACAGACAACAACCAAUACAAGACAAAUACUCAGACCUCCGAUAUGACCCAAACUGGAAGAAUAAGGAGGAAGGGCAGCUGCUGACUGCAGGAGCAUUGCCAGAGUCUACAGACAGCUCUUCAGAAAACCUGCCUUUGGACCCACUAUACCCCUCCAAGGAGCCCUCAAUGGAACUCCCAAAGGAUAACGGCGAACAGAAGAGGACUCCACAGAGUGUAGCCUCCUUACUUGGUAGUGAAUUUUUAAGCCCAAGCUAUGAGCCUGGCAUCCAUCGCAGCAAGCCCUCUUAUGAGCUGAGUGACAGUGACCUGGAGGAGAAGUCAGUCAGCAAUGCCUCUCAGUAUGUGAAGAGUUCAAGUUCACACAACGAGGUUUUCCUGCCAGGAUCACGUGGCACUCGGCGGAGGAAGUCCAAACAAUAUUUUGUGGAAAAAAACAAGCUGACUUUGGGAUUACCCACUCCUAAACCAGACUCCUACCUUCAACUUCACAAUAAAAAAAGGGGGGAAAUUCUCCUAGAACAGAUCUCCUACCCCAUCAGAGUAACUGACCAGACGCCCAUUCAGAAUGCCAACGAGAUUGAAAAUGCUGCCAUCGAUCCUGAAGACAAAUGGCAUCAAAGAGCACAGCAGCUAAAGGAUUAUCAGGAACAUUGGUCUCAAUACGAAAGUACCCAAUCAAGCAGUGUACCAAGAAAUCCAUCUUCUGAAACAGCUAGGGGCCAGCAACCUUCCAGAAAACCAGCCAAGCCCAAGAAGAGAAAACAGCAUAAACACCAGAAUGGCCCAAAGUCCUUCAUGACUGAAGAGGUGGUUGUCAGUUCAGGAAAUCAGGAUAACUCUCCCAGACAACAACAAAAUCGAAAUAAGCCUAUUGAUACUUCAAUAAAGCACGAAUCAACUGUGACCGUGAAUGCCUCGGAGAGUGAGGUACAAGACUCAAGUGUACUCAGGAGCCAGAAUCCCCAGGUAACCUCCAAUCCAUUUGCUCUACCAAAACAGGCUUUUGACAAGGUAUUCUAUAAAAACUCUACUGGAUAUUACUCAGGGCUGAAUGUCCACAGAGAAAGAGGACGCAAAGAUCAAGAAGAGAAAAGACUUUUAUAUCAGCAGCCAUGCACCAGCACUCUUUCCAAUAUGGACUUGAACAACCUUAAUGAACUUUCUAAGAGACAAGUGCUGCUCCUGGGGCCGAAAAGCUCUCAGUCUGCCUAUAACACAAAUGUCCAUGGACCCACUGAAAACAAGAAAAAAGUCCAACAGCCUUAUACAGAGACAAAAUAUAAGAACUUAGAAAUGUUAUGGAAAUUCCACUCUUCCUCUGACAGCCAGCCUGUCAGGGCCUCUCCAGACUCAAGGCUCACUCAGAUCAUGGAGCAGCACCAGCAGGCCCUAAUCCAGCUGACUGAGGUGCAGCCGGGUGAAGAGGCCUCAUCCAGCGUCACCCUUCCACCCAUACUGUCAAGGGUAGAAAGCGAAUCCCAGCUCAGGUCGGUGAGAAGCCAAAGAAAACAAAUGAAAAUCGGCCGUAGCAAUUCUGAAAGUUACCUGUUCCAACUGGAUAAAGGGAAAAAACAUAGGAGAAGAAGCAGUGUUAAGAGUUCCAAGCUGAAAAGUUAUCAGAAAAGAGACGUGAAGCUUGGUGGCCUCGGACCUGACUUCGAGUCUAUCAGAGACAAAAUGCAAAAACUAAUACAGCAAAAAGAGUACGCAAAACAAGUGAAAGAAUACAACAUGAAGACACUCUCUGUCCUGUCAAAACCGCAAACAGCAAAAACUGAAAGUAAAUCUUCCAUCCCUCGGCAGAAGGCUUUGGAAUAUGCUAAGACCAUCCCCAAACCCAAACCAGCCAAUCUGACUGAUCAAGCGUCAAAGGAAAAAAAAAAUCCAACCUACGCCGCCGGCAAAGAGGAAAGUUUACCUGAAAUCUCACUGCUGGAAUUACUGCAGAGCAGACACGAAAGGGAAAAACAGGCUGUGGCUGCUUUCAAAGUCCUUCACAUCGUAUAGACAACGUUAGGUAGGAGACGCCAAGCGCUCCCGGAAGGGACGGGGAGAGCGGAAUCUCCACCCCACCUGUCGGCCCUGGGAGUGACGGUCUAGCGUGCCCCUUACCGUCAUCCAACAAUAUCGCCCACGUCUGCUUUCCGCAAGACUUAAAAUAGGGGUCCGAUCAGAUUUUAGUGCCAUAUUUUACUUUCUAGGAAGCAAAAAAAUUUUCAAUGAUUUAAUUUCA